AUGUGUCCCACCACCACUUGCACGGCCGACGGCGCAGGAACCACCACCAUAACCGCCGUCCACCCCGACGUCAUCCAAUCACACAUCCUCAACAGGCUCGACGGCGCCGCCCUCGCCUCCGCCAGUUGCACCUCCCCACAGCUUCUCUCCCUUUGCCGAGAAGAUUGGCUUUGGCGGGAGAUCUGCAACUCCACGUGGCCGUCCACCGCCGACCCCGCCAUCCGCGCCGCCAUCUACGCCCUCCCCUCCGGCCACCGCUCCUUAUACUCCGACUGCUUUCCCUCCGCCCGGCCUCACUCCUUCCCUCACGGCAAGACGAUUUUCCCGGGAACGCCGCCGGAAUUUCUAAUCUCCGCCGUUGACAUUCACUACGACGGCAGAUUGAUACACUCGAUGGUCCUGAAGACGGAGACUCUCUCCGGCUGGUUCCAGAGCUCGCCCUUCCGCCUCGACCUCCUGAGCCCCAAGGAGACCCUGCACACGCCGCUCAAAUCCGACGACGAUUGGGCAGCACGCGCCGCCUCGCUCCUGCGCGUGAGCUGGAUACUGAUCGACCCGCGGCGGCGGCGGGCGGUGUACGUCGCCGGAUCUGGGGCGGUGGAGGCGAGUCGGGACUGGCUGACGGGGGAAUUGCAGCUCCGGUGCGCCACGGUGGUGGACGGCUUGUUGGUUAUCCUCACCCCCAUUAUUUUUCUGUUGUUGUCUUCUCUUCCUUUAUUUAGGUUGAGAUGA